UGUGAGCAAAACUGGAAUUCAUACGUAACUGGGAAUGUUACAUAAGAGCACUUUAGUGUAGGUCUGAAAGUUCCAGUGAUCGCAGGCAGACAAGAACCUGGCACAAGCACUCAGACAGCCAGAUUACAAAGAUAGAAAGAGCUGGGAGUUCAGGAGGGAUUGUUUUUCAGAUAUUUGAGAGGAUUUAGGCUGAAAAGCAGAAGAAAUCAAGAGGAGAAAUCAAGAGACGAAACCGAUUGGUUCCUUUCCAGCAGAUAAGAGAGAUAAUGAAGAUAUAACAAGUCACGAGAAUGAGUAAACAGUGAUCAAGCAGGAAGAGAUUUGGAGACAGCUAAAGGUGUACAAAUCAAAUCAAGUGUGCACGUUUGACAAACGGACCAAAAGCCAGCUGAAAGAGGAGCUGCUGAAGACACGAGCUCAGGAAGAAGCACGUAGGCUACUGGCCUCGCCUGAGCCAUUUUACGGACACACUUUGGCGUCUGGUUUUUGGUUUCCUCGACUAAACUUUUGACAGUAUCAGUCAUGUCGGAGGAAGAAAAAUUGUCCUACAGCGAAGCCAUUAAGAAGGCGUACGCGUCCGUAGCUCGCUUCCCUCUCAUCCCAGUCAGAGGAAUUCCUCUCAUGAGCCUCAUCGCCCAAAACUGGGACUCCAUCUGGGCUUUCCGUCCGGAGCCCUCAGACCUCCUCAUCGCCACCUACCCCAAAGCAGGAACCACAUGGACCCAGGAGAUAGUUGACCUUCUUUUUCACAACGGAGAUGCCGAGGCCUGCAAACGAGCCCCAACACCCGUCCGCAGUCCUUUCCUAGAGAUCUUCUCCCCGCCACCCAUACCCUCAGGUCUUGAUCUUCUGAAGGAAAUGGAUCCUCCAAGAAUCAUCAAAACACAUCUUCCUUUUCAGUUGGUGCCUCCUGGAUUUUGGGAAAACAAGUGCAAGGCUAUCUACGUGGCACGCAAUGCUAAAGACAACCUGGUGAGCUACUACCAUUUUGACUGUAUGAAUAUGACCCAGCCUGACCCAGGACCCUGGGAAGGCUACAUACCUAAGUUCAUGCGAGGAGAGUUGGCAUGGGGCUCUUGGUAUGACCAUGUGAAAGGUUACUGGAUGGAGAGAGAGAAGAAGAAUAUCCUUUACCUCUUCUACGAGGACAUGAAAGAGAAUCCUCGGCGUGAAGUGGAGCGCAUCAUGAGGUACCUGGACUUGUCGGUCUCCGAUGAGGUCAUCAGCCGAAUUGUGGAGCUCACGUCCUUUAAGAACAUGAAGGAGAACCCGAUGGCCAACUACUCCUGCAUCCCAGCUCCUGUUUUUGAUCAGUCAAUCUCCCCCUUCAUGAGAAAAGGUGAAGUAGGGGAUUGGAGAAACCAUUUUACACCGGAGCAAUCAAAGAUGUUUGAUGAAGAUUAUGAAAAGCAAAUGAAGGAAGUCAACAUACCAUUCAGGACCCUCAUCUAACGGAUUUUGGCUUUUCCAAACAGAUGCAGUUCUGCAAACCAAAGACCGGUGUACUGACACUGUGCAGCACUAUACUGUCAGAAAUUUGGCACAAGCUAAAUACCAAAACAAAAAUGAAUACAAAUGAAUUAGUUUGAUCCUUUAUGUAGAACACUGUAAUCACUGCGCCGCUUUAUGUGUAGAUACAAAUGUUAUGUUUAAAGGAUCAAUAAAAAUGUACUCCACAAAACAAGUA